ACUGACACUUGCAGCGUUCGCUGACCUGGGCUAUUAUCAGGUUGUGUGGACGAAGGCAGAGCCGAUGAGUUGGGGAAAUAACUCUGGUUGCGAGUUUCUGAAAGAUAAGAAAUGCGUUGAAAACGGUAAAUCUAAGUACCCCAGCAUGUUCUGCGACAAAUCAGAGGAACCCAAAUUGCGAUGCACGUCUGACCGCCAGGCGUUGGGAACGUGUGCCAUUGAGAAUCAUACUAAGCUUCCCGAGAUGUACAGGUACUUCGAGAAGACCGAUGGUGACAUACAGCGUGGUGGCAGGCGGGAGGACAUGAUGGACUACUGCCCCAUUAUUGUGGCGGACAAAGGCUACAGCUGCAUUGAUGGCACUGAGAGCAAGAUGCCUGGGAGUCUUGUCGGUGCUAGCUCUCGCUGCGUUGAGGGGAAUAAUCUUAAGGUGGGAGACAAGGUGGUCGGCGACGUGUGUGUGCGCGUGGCGUGUAUUGAUGGGUC